CAAACAAAAGAAACCCUAAACCCUUUUUGACUUGUCUCUGGCUCUCUGCUUCUUUCGUCACCGCCGCGUUCUCAAUCUCAAAUUCCUCUGUGCUUUCGAUUCUUACCGUCGCAGUCGCAGUAAAAUGGGUAAGUUGGGGAAGAAAGCUAGGAAAUUUGCCAAGAAAAAUCUCCAGUCUGUCGAGAAACGAAACAGAAAGCUGAAGCCUUUUUUCAAGAAGAAAUUUGCAAAGAGAAAUGAGCGUCACCAUGUGGGAGAUGAAGAGAAGAAGAAGGUAGAGCAACAACCUAAGAAGAGAUGUCAAGAAGAAGAAUUUCAGGAUAUACCAAUAGAUGCAGUAUUCGGCAAGGAUGAUGAUGAAGUUCUCCGCGAUUGUGAUUCAGAUAGUGAUGGAUAUCUGGAUGAGGACUCUGCAGUUGGAAAUGGAACAGAAAGUGAAAUCGGUGAUACUGAGAUGUCGAUGCAGAGCAAGGAGAGUCUGGCAGAACUUAAGAAACAGAAGAAAAAGCUGGCUAAAUUGAAUGAAAAGUUGGUAGAUGAAGCUGACUCAGAUAUAAUGAAGCACAAAGUACUUUCAGGAUCUGUUUUAAGCACUUGCUGUGACCUAGUUGAUGAGAAACAGUCUGUUCAAGUAUUAAUUAGUUUGUUAAAUUGGUAUCGAGCUGCAUGUCAUUAUGGGCACGAACCAUCAGGAAUUCCGAGGCCUGAUAUAUACUAUGACAUAGAAGACAGUGAGACAUUUGCUAAGGUCAUGAUUUUUAUGCUCCAAAAAGCUGAUCACACUUUCAGGAGUAUCCUGGGAUUAUCAGACUCCAGUACUAAGGAGAAGAUUUUGAAGUUGAAGAACAACCCAAAAUGGGAUAGUUUAAAACCACUGGUCAAAUCUUUUGUUCGAAGUACUUUGCAUCUUGUUAAGCAGGCAGCAGAUUUGGAGAUAAUAGUUUUUGCUCUUACCCAACUUAGAGUUUCUAUCGUGUUUCUUGCCGCAUUUCCAGAUCUUCUGAAAAAAUUGAUCAAGAUAUCUGUUCAUCUGUGGGUAACCGGUGAAGAGACUCUAUCGCAGCAGGCUUUUCUAAUCUUGAAAGACAUCAGUAUGGUUUUUAACUCAGAAUGCUUUGAUACCUGCUUAAUCAGCAUGUUCAAAGCCUUUCUACAUGACUGUGAUAUUCCAAAGGCAAAUUCAGAACAACGUUUGCCGUUCCUCAGAGAUUCCCUUGUUGAGCUAUGCUCUCAAGAUGUGCAGAAGUCUUAUACCAAGGCCUCUGUUUCUAUUACACAACUUGCCAAGUUAUUGAAAAUGGCUCUCACUACAAAGAAUAAGGAAGCCGUCGAGAAGAUACAUAGCGGGCAGUACACAAAUUGUGUUGAUCUCUGGGUAAAUUUUAUUGCUGCCAACGUUCAGGAUUGUGAUAUCCAGCCUCUGCUUUAUACUAUAGUUCAGGUUAUAAAUGGAGUUGCUCAACUAAUUAUUGGACCACGUUACCUGCUCCUAAGGGUUAAAUGUAUCCAAUGGCUCAAUCAUCUCUCUCGUACAAGCGGUAUAUUCAUUCCCAUUGCAUCAUUGGUGUUGGAUAUGCUGGAAUAUAAAACCACAAAUGAUGGUGAAAAGCAAGAACAGAAGCUUGAAGCUGUCUCAACUGUAAAGCUACCUAAGAAUUGGUUAAAGUCCCAAAAUUUCCAAGAACAGUGUAUCUUUUCUGUGAUUGAACUGCUUGCUGUCCACUUUGCUCAGUGGAGCUUCCACAUAUCAUUUCCAGAUCUUGCAACUAUUCCCGUCAUGAGGCUGAAGAAAUUUCACGAGAGAAGCACUAUGGAAGGGUUGAAGCGGGUGGUGAAACGCUUUAUCGAGCAGGUAGAGUCGAACAUUGAGUUUGUUCAAAGGAAGAGAGAUGACGUGACUUUUUCUCCAAACGAUCAACAAUCCGCAGACACGUUUAUGCAGCUUGAAAAGCAAAAUACGAAUGCUCCUUAUACACAAUACUAUCAUAGCAUCAUAGACAAAGCUCUUGGAACAAAGAAGAAGAAGAAGAAGAGAGCAGUAACUGCACCAUAAGCAGAGAUUCCCUUGGAACUUGCCUAAUUUUGUUCACCAUUUUUGUUGUUUAUUUAUUUAAGUUUGGCUUUCAUGAAUUAUUUUCGAAAAGAUCGAAUACAUUUAUGCAAAAAUUUAGUGUAAUCGAAAAAAGGAGAGAAAAAAAAAAAGAAAACAUUUUGCAGUGUUUUAGUAAAAGUAGUAGACGCGUUAUUCUA